CGCGCCAUGAGCUCUGGCGGCUCCGAAGCUUUGCAGCCCCACCACAUCCUGUAAGAUCAGUGCAUGUAUCUCGUGGCUCCGCCUGAGUACAGGCAACCCACGAUACACAAAUGAAAUCAUAGUGCCGAGGCUGCGGCGUCGUUGUAGCGAUCGUUGGCUGAAGAAUUCAUACACACAUGCAGUCAACGGCAAAGGCCCGUUUUAUAUUACUGUGUGAUAGGUGAAAAGCAGUAAACAUAACCAAACAUUAGGUGGAGAUUGGGAAUAAUACUAUUUCCUAAAAUUCAUUACUUAAAAAAGACGAACAGUUAUUGAGAGUUGCGUUAUGUCUGUUACGACGAGUUUAUUUGAGGGUUUGGAGGCGGAAUCAGGAGCGUUGUUGCCCGAGAAUGACGAAAGUGAGGUUAAGAUGACCGGCACAACGUCGUCGUCAGGAGAAGGUGAAGGCAUGGAUUACUCUGAAGGUAUAUCGGAGGCGAAAUCUCCGGUGGAAGGAGACAAUCUAGUACUGUCAUCGAUGACGAUCGAAUCUGAAAUUGUCUCCGAAAUAAAUUUUAGGCUAAACGAAUGCGACCUUGCCGAUGAUCGGGGCAAAAUGUCACCCGAUACAUCGUCUUUGGAAGUAAUGACAGAAUCACAUGACAUUGAUCAAAGCUUCGACGUUUCACCUUCUGCAAUGUUCGCAGAAUCGGCAGUCGAGGAACUAUCGGUAGCUGACGAAAAUACCGAACAAGUUCCCAACUGUAAUUCGGACCUAAGCUAUAAGUGGACAGAAGCUGUUCCUAUGCUUCUCUGUAGUGCUACAGAAGAGUACAAGCCUACACCAAUAUGCGAAAAUUUCACAAAAGGGUGCCGUUGGUCCCCUGAUGGAACUUGUCUCCUUGUACCUGGGGAGGACUUUAGACUUAGGAUCUAUGAACUCCCUCGAGAAUUGUAUUCUGGAAAGGUUUCAUCCCGUUUGAUUUUACACCCACUCAAGGCUGCGCUGACCGUUAAGGAGGGAGGGGUCGUUUAUGAUAGCUGCUGGUUCCCGAUGAUGAACUCCUGGGAUCCCUCGAGCUGCUGUUUUGCAAGCACAACCAAAGAGAGCCCCGUCCAUUUAUGGGAUGCUUUCACCGGCGAACUUAGAGCAACUUAUAGAGCCUACAAUCAAGUCGACGAGGUUGAGGCAGCCAUCAGUGUGCAGUUUGUAAAUUCAGGUACAGAAGUUUGGUGUGGUUUUAAAGGUGCCUUGCACACGUUUGAUACUAGCCGCCCUGGACGCCAGGUAAACACAAUCUACCUGAAAAAAGACAUUCCUAACAUAACCGGGAUUGUUUCCUGCAUUCGGGAAAAUCCAACUAUGCCUGGCCUAGUGGCAUUUGGUACCUACUCCAAGACCAUAGGUUUAUACAAAGAUGGUCCGCUGUGUGCGCUUAAGACUGCAAGCGGAGUGACACAAAUUGAGUUCAGCCCCUGCGGGAUGAAACUUUACUCAGCCGUAAGACGUAGCAAUGAAAUGCUGUGCUGGGAUCUUAGAAAUCCAGGCGUAGUUCUGUAUUCCAUUCAAGGACGACAAGCGGACACAAAUCAAAGAAUACAAUUCUCCAUAUCUCCUGAUGGAAAUGUGCUUGUUUCAGGUGGUACAGAUGGGGCUGUAAAUAUAUGGGAACAGGAUCCAAACAUGGUCAAUGGGGAACAAUUGGACAUAAAGCAGACGAUAAAGUUAUCGAACGAUUGUGUCAACGGUGUUAGCUUGCACAGAUAUUUGCCAAUAAUGGCCACAAGUACUGGUCAACGAAUUUGCGAUGAAGAAUUAGAGCGAUGCAGAGAUAACGGUGUACGAUUUUGGUGGUGCGGAUCCACAGAUUGAAACUAUCUGUCGAUGAGCGAUAUAAUUUGUAAUGUUAAAUAUAACCAGUUGUUUGAAAAUAUCUA